GAAGUUGACGCACGGAGCGAAGCCAGCGAAGCAGUCACGAGUCACGUCGAAAACAGUGCCGUUGUUGCCGUUGAAACUAAUUUAUUCUGCAAGCUGCCAGCCCGCUUAACAGCUGCCCAACGAUGCUUCAUCGCCGCCAGUUGUAGAUCGUACAACUCAUUGCAAGCAAAGCGCAGCAAAAUGGCUUCAAAACUCACCGCUACGGUACGAGCAGUCGCUGGCCACAAACCCAACAUCCCGCAACGAGCGGCUUUAGUCCUCACCAAAGCUGCCGUGGAACGCAUUCAGAGACUGCUGAGCACCAAAGGUGACGCAAUCGGACUCAGGGUGGGUGUCAAACACCGCGGCUGCAACGGUCUCACCUACGUGCUCGACUACGCCACGGAGAAGGGCAGAUUCGACGUCGAGGUUCACCAGGACGGCGUGAAAGUUUUCGUCGACUCGAAAGCGCAGUUGUCUCUUCUGGGCACCGAGAUGGAUUUCGUAGAGACGGAACUGUCCAGUGAAUUCGUGUUCAACAACCCGAACGUGAAGGGAACUUGCGGUUGCGGCGAGAGCUUCACCUUGUGACCUUUGAUUUAACUGCGUGUGGAAGUUCUAGUUUACUUGUCCGAGGCUUGCUAGGCCGACGAUGGAUUGUUGCAACAUUAAAAUUUUUAGUUAAUGUU